GGGGAUCGAGGAGGAAAGAAAGAGUCCAUUGUACCUAAUUUAGGCGUUAUCCAGGGCAGCUCUAGCGUCCAAUACCCCUGAAAGCUGUCUCUAUCUCACAUCACCCUAAUAAAACAACUUUGCCCUAGCCUGGUCAACAUGCAAUACCUCCUCCUCCUCCCUUCCAUCUCGUCUCAGCUCUCACCCAGAUUGCUUCAUCCUCAACUAUAAUCGCUUCCUAACUCUUCUCCAUCCUCCUCUCCUCCUCUUCCCUCCCCCGAUCCAAGGGAAAACCCCUCGUAAACGUGGAAACUCGUAUCUCCCGGGGGGGUUUGUGUGAUCCACACAGUUACCUGCAGAUGCCAUCCGUAACGCCCUUCGAGCUACCCAUGCUCUCCCCGAGUAGGAAGAGGAAGCAUGAUGACGACCCCAGCCAGGUGCAGGUGCAAUUGUACGGCCCACCACUAGUAGUAUCUCCCUUCGGGAACGUAUCCGCUAAUUACGAAACCCGUCUUAGAACUACUACAUCCCAACCACACGAGCAUGCGAAUCUACUGUCCGCUAUCAACAACAAUGAACGGCUCAUAUUCCCCACGCCCGGCCGAGGCCCUGCUUCUUCUAUGCUGAAUAUGCCCCGGAAGAUGAUCCCUCUACCUGUGAAUAAGAGGUUUCGGCUUGUUAAUAACGACGACGGCCAUCAUCCCUAUUUACACAAUAAUAGCUCCUACACCCACGCUCAUCCCGAGCCGCCUACGCCAUUGCCACAGUAUACUUGGCUGGGAACCGGCCUCAGAAUAGGGACAGCAAACUCCCAACCACUGCUGAGCCCCUGCCACAUCUGCCACCGGAAACCGACCAAGAAAUCCGACCUGGACUCGUUCGCCGACUGUCUGGGGUGCGGCCAACGGUCGUGCUUCGUGUGCCUGCGCGCGUGCCGGGGGUGGCUAACAUCUACUGCUCUCAUCGCAGCAGCAACAGAAGAAGAAGAACAACAACAGCAGCAACAGCAACUACCACAAAAAGAGGAAGACGACGACAGCCUAUCCACGUCGUUCACGAUGCAAGACGUAGACGACAUCACACCCGAGACCCCGCCUCCCGAAGAGACGGACCGGAGACAGCGGAAGGGAGGCGGUCCGGGCUCGAGCUGGAUCGGCCGCGGCCACCGGGAGCUGAUCUGCAGCCGGUGCUGCGUGGAGCGCGGGCCCGAGGGCGACGUCGUGUGCUUGGGGUGCUUGGCUGGCAUGGAGGGGGCGUAGGACGUCCCGAUGUGCGAGCCGGAGCAGGAUUAACAGACUAUCUGAUAUCCGAUAUUGGGAGGGAAAAAAGGGGGGCAUGGAUGAUAUAGUAUAGUGUUUUGAUGAGUUGGACAGCGCUUAGAGAAAAAAGAAAAAGAGAGAGCCCCUUUGUUUGCUUUUUGUAAGGGGGGUUCACGGCGCUACGAGGGGGUUAAUAUGGCAUGGCAUCGCGUUUUUUUCCAUUUAUUUAUUCAGGUCAAGCAUGAGUUUGUAAAGAUACCAUAACCCGCGAAAAGGCCGCGGAUUCGUUUCGUUUUUAAGUUAGGUAUUUUAUUCCUUUUGGCUUUGGAAGGGAGGAAGAAAGAAGGGGAGAGAAAGGAAGAGAAGGUACCUACACCACAUACAGGUAGCCUGGUGUUUUGGUACCUUAAUUGUAACUUGUAAUAACUCAACUAUCUACCUAACUAAGGUACUUUUAGGUACAUAAUAGGGA